UUCGGUAAACACCGAACCUAACCAGUUCUCUCGUGCUUUCGUGGAGAGCAGGAGGCAAAGAUGUCGGAACGGAAAGUUUUAAACAAAUACUACCCUCCUGACUUCGACCCGUCGAAGAUCCCCAAACUCAAGCUCCCCAAAGACCGGCAGUACGUGGUACGGUUGAUGGCCCCUUUCAACAUGAGGUGUAAGACAUGCGGAGAGUACAUCUACAAGGGCAAGAAGUUCAACGCGCGCAAAGAGACGGUGCAGAACGAGGCCUACCUGGGCCUGCCCAUCUUCCGCUUCUACAUUAAGUGCACGCGCUGCCUGGCGGAGAUCACCUUCAAGACAGACCCUGAAAACACAGAUUACACCAUGGAGCACGGAGCCACCCGGAACUUCCAGGCUGAGAAGCUCUUGGAGGAGGAGGAGAAGAGGGUGCAGAAGGAGCGGGAGGAUGAGGAGCUGAACAACCCCAUGAAGGUGCUGGAGAACCGAACCAAGGACUCCAAGCUGGAGAUGGAGGUUCUGGAGAACCUUCAGGAGCUCAAGGACCUGAACCAGCGGCAGGCCCACGUGGACUUUGAGGCCAUGCUGCGGCAACAUCGCCUGUCAGAGGAGGAGCGGCAGAAGCAGGAGCAGGAGGAGGACGAGAGGGAGACGGCGGCCUUGGUGGAAGAAACCAGGAAACGGAGACUGCUGGAAGACUCUGACUCUGAGGAGGAUGCUCCCGUUCCUGCCCCACCCCGCUCGGUCCUCCGGCCGAACCCCACGGCUAUCCUGGACGAGACCCCAAAGGCCAAGAGGAAGGUGGAGAGUUGGGAGCGGAGUGUCGGCACCCUUGGCAGCAGGCCCCAACUCUUGGGCCUGGUUGUGGUGAAGAAAACAGCGCUGAAUGGCAGCACCCAGCAGGGCCAGGCAGCUCCCACCCCAGGCUCCAUGAAGAGUGAUCAGGUGGCAGACCCCGCCCCCCAGAACCCGGGCGCGUCCUCCCUAAGCCAGCUGGGUGCUUAUUCAGACAGUGAAGACAGCAGUGGCAGCAACUGAGCCCACCCUCGCCUGGGAUGCUGGGGCAGGACUCACAUGUGGGGCCCAGCUGGCAGUCGGGGUUCAAGGCCUGGCACAGAGCUGCAAAGGACACAUGAGGACUCCAGCCACGCCACGGGGCUUGGUUUCCCUCCUGUCCCCUCAGGAACCUUGGGGUCCCUCGUUCAUGGUGCCUCACGUUCAGGUCCCCAGAGCAGUUCUGAGUUUCCAGCAUACUUGGUCCUCGUCAGGCCGCAGGCGUCACCGCGUCACGGACAUGUGAAUGAGCCGCCCACCCUAACGGGCUCCAGCCUCAGCCGGAGUCUGAGGAGGGAGCCCCAGAACUGUGGCACGGAGUCUCUGAUUUCUGACGCCCAGAAACUGUCACAAACGCUGUUAGUACUUGUGGCUGGGAACAGCUCCUUCAUGGCGGAACAGCUCCUUCACGGCCAUGAGUAAAUAACUCAUGCGGUCACGGGACCCGUACAUCUGACAGCCGUGCUCCUGCUCUCAGGGUCUUUGGGUGUUGGCCCUGUACAGCUGCUGGCGUCACUUACCGGUGGGAACUCAUUCUGAGAAAUGGGUGGCCAGGAGAUUUCCUCAUCGUGCACGGUCACAGAGGUCCGGCCUGUCAUGACCUCGUGUGCAUGGUUUGUCGCCGCCAUGCGCAGGGUCGGAUGUGUGAUUGUGCCGUCCCUUCCGCCCCCCUGUGCCCCGGUGUUUUCUAGGCUGCAGCGUGUGCCCCCCAGGCCCCGCGAUCCGCCCCCUCCUCUCCUGCCUCAGCCCCCUCACCUACGCGCUUCCAUUUGGCGUUUGCGACCCAGGCUUUGUGUCUGUCACAGUCAGUGUUUAGGAGAUGAAAGCCCCUGCGUUGGGACUCUGCUUUCUGGAGGCAUCCUCUGCUAGGGGAGCACCGAUGAACCUACCUGAGAGGGUCUAGGCAGACGGGGGGGCCUCCCACAGUGGCCCCUUGACCGGGAGGAGAGGACCUGAGGUCUCUGGCUUGGCAGCCGACAGCAGUGGGCCCAGGUCGGCUCAUGCUGCCAGCUGGGAGGCUGAGGCAGGCACAUAGCUCUUGCCGGUACAAACGACAGCAUUGGACUUGCGGCUUAAAUGGGCGCAGCAGGCGUGUUUACACCGCGGGAAUUGGCAGGCGUGACGAGUGAUUCUCCUCGCCAAGGUGCCGGUGGUUAAACUGGUAGCGGCACAGCUUAGCUGACUGUCCCAAACUCAGCACCAGGCACGUGCCUGCAGUAAGCCCCACUGAGAGUCAGUCGGUUAAAAUAAAUCAUCAGCUUAGGUAGCUGUGAAAAAAGAUGGGGAGCUUGGGCCUCUGUCCACUGUGUUGGCUCUUCCAGAGUGUUUCCUCUGAAGUUCUUGCCAUGGGGUGCACCUGUUCCUUUUACUGACUUAACGUUAACCCAGCUUCGUUCUAAAAUGCGGGUUAGCAGACAGGUCCGCGGGCCCAAGCUGCUCCCUGGCCUGUGUUUGUAAAUAAAGUUUUAUUGGCACAUCGCUGUGCUCACAGGCAUUUCAUCUGCGGCAACAGUGGAGU